AUGAGCGGCAACCACUCGUUAGCGGCCGUUUUGGCCAUCGUCAAAGCCAUCGCCGCCGAUCCGAAGACGCCAUCCCCUCUAUUCUCCGCUUGCCCUACGCCCUUUCAGAUUCCCGGCCCUCUCAGCCCUGAGAAGGCAGAACUAGAGCGCGAGCUUGCCGCGCUUGCUUGCCGGGUGCAGCAACUCGAGGCCAAAGUCUACCACUAUUCUACAACAACCAUCUUCCCACAAACGCCGGAAGGGUCGAAUGGUUCACCAAUCCUUACAGAUGCCCAUUCCAUGUCUCGACCUGAGCUUACUGGCUCAUCGCCUAAUACGUCGGGGAGAGGAUGCAUUGAUGGAGCGAUUGCCGGGCUAGAACAGCAUGCCAACGCGCUGAGGAGAGCUGGGGAGGGGGAUGAGGCCGAGAUGACAGCAGCUCUCAAGGAAAAGGAGAGAAUCGCUACUCUCGAGCGCGAGCUUCGCAAGCACCAACAAGCAAAUAUUGCUUUCCAAAAGGCCUUGCGCGAGAUUGGCGAGAUUGUCACUGCCGUUGCCAGGGGUGACCUCUCCAAACGGGUACUCAUGAACACCGGAGACAUGGACCCUGAUAUCACAACUUUCAAGCGGACCAUCAAUACCAUGAUGGAUCAGCUGCAAGUUUUCUCUAGUGAAGUAUCGCGUGUUGCACGCGAGGUCGGCACUGAAGGUAUUCUUGGUGGCCAAGCGCGCAUCGAGGGGGUUGCUGGGACGUGGAAAGAGUUGACUGAUAACGUCAAUAUCAUGGCCCAGAAUCUCACAGACCAAGUGCGUGAGAUUGCAUCUGUGACCACAGCAGUCGCCCAUGGCGACCUUACCAAAAAGAUCGAGCGCCCUGCCAAAGGCGAGAUCCUCCAGUUACAGCAGACGAUCAACACCAUGGUCGAUCAACUGCGUACUUUUGCCUCGGAAGUCACCCGCGUGGCUCGCGACGUUGGCACUGAGGGUAUGCUUGGUGGUCAAGCCGACGUCGAAGGCGUACAGGGCAUGUGGAAUGAGCUGACAGUCAAUGUCAACGCCAUGGCCAACAAUCUGACGACGCAGGUGCGCGACAUCAUCAAGGUCACCACUGCUGUGGCCAAGGGUGACCUCACGCAGAAGGUGCAGGCCGAGUGCCGCGGCGAGAUCUUUGAGUUGAAGAAGACCAUCAACUCCAUGGUCGACCAGCUGCAGCAGUUUGCCCGCGAGGUGACCAAAAUCGCGCGCGAGGUCGGCACGGAGGGCAGGUUGGGCGGCCAAGCGACGGUCCAUGAUGUGCAAGGUGUCUGGAGGGAUCUGACAGAAAACGUCAACUGCAUGGCUAUGAACCUGACAACGCAAGUGCGCGAGAUCGCGAAGGUUACCACGGCCGUGGCUCGCGGCGACCUCACCAAGAAGAUCGGUGUUGAAGCGAAAGGGGAGAUCUUGGAUCUGAAAAACACCAUCAACACCAUGGUAGACCGCCUGGGAACCUUUGCGUUUGAGGUCAGCAAGGUCGCGAGAGAAGUGGGCACCGACGGCACGCUCGGUGGCCAGGCUCAAGUCGAAAAUGUUGAGGGCAAGUGGAAGGAUCUCACAGAAAACGUCAACACCAUGGCGCGGAACCUGACAUCGCAAGUGCGCAACAUCUCCAUCGUCACGCAAGCCAUCGCCAAUGGCGACAUGAGCCAAAAGAUCGAAGUCGAAGCCAAGGGCGAGAUACUUGUCCUCAAGGAGACCAUCAACAACAUGGUUGAUCGGCUGUCUAUCUUCUGUAACGAAGUCCAGCGCGUGGCCAAGGAUGUCGGCGUUGACGGAAUCAUGGGCGGACAAGCCGACGUCGCCGGGCUCAAGGGCAGAUGGAAGGAGAUCACGACAGAUGUCAACACCAUGGCCAACAAUCUGACCGCCCAAGUUCGAGCAUUUGGUGACAUUACCAACGCUGCCACGGAUGGUGACUUCACCAAGCUUGUCGAGGUCGAAGCUGCCGGUGAGAUGGACGAGCUCAAGAAGAAAAUCAACCAAAUGGUGUGCAACCUCCGGGACAGCAUCCAGCGCAACACGCAGGCUCGCGAGGCAGCGGAGUUGGCGAACAAGACCAAGUCCGAGUUCUUGGCCAACAUGUCGCACGAGAUUCGCACGCCCAUGAACGGCAUCAUCGGCAUGACGCAGUUGACGCUGGAUACAGACCUGACGCAGUAUCAGCGCGAAAUGCUCAACAUUGUCAACUCGCUGGCAAACAGUCUGCUGACCAUCAUCGACGACAUUCUGGACCUCAGUAAGAUUGAGGCCCGUCGCAUGGUCAUCGAGGAAAUCCCUUACACGUUGCGCGGCACGGUCUUCAACGCGCUCAAGACUCUUGCCGUCAAGGCCAACGAGAAGUAUCUCGACUUGACCUACCGCGUCGACAGCUCUGUGCCAGACUAUGUCGUUGGCGACUCGUUCCGUCUGCGGCAAAUUAUCCUCAACCUGGUCGGCAACGCCAUCAAGUUCACCGAGCACGGAGAGGUCAGCCUGACCAUUCAGAAGGCAUCACAGGCGCACUGUAGACCAAAUGAGUAUGCCAUUGAGUUCAUUGUUGCCGACACAGGCAUUGGUAUUCCCGAGGAUAAGCUCGAUCUCAUCUUUGACACCUUCCAGCAGGCGGACGGGUCCAUGACACGUAAGUUCGGGGGUACGGGCCUCGGCUUGUCCAUCUCCAAGAGGCUCGUCAACCUCAUGGGAGGUGAUGUGUGGGUCAAGAGCGAGUACGGAAAGGGGUCCCAGUUUUUCUUCACCUGUGUCGUGAAGUUAGCAGAUGACAACGUUUCCCUGAUCUCGAAGCAGCUCACCCCGUUUAAGGGACACCAGGUGCUCUUCAUCGACAAGGGACGGACGAGGUACGGGCCGGAGGUCGUGGAAAUGCUCAGGGGACUUGGGCUGGUACCAGUCGUCGUCAACUCGGAACGAAACGCGGUACUGUCAAAGAACAAGACGGCCAAUUGCUGUGGCAACGCUGAGGAUGCUGCCGUCACAUCCAAGCAAUUCACUGCUAAGAAGAAGACUGGAUCCGGCAGCCAGGGGAAGGCGGUCUCCUCCUUCGACGUCAUUAUCGUCGACUCGAUCGAGGACGCGCGCAGAUUGAGGGCGGUUGACGACUUUAAGUACCUUCCUAUCGUGCUGCUGGCUCCAGUGGUUCACGUCUCGCUCAAGUCGUGCCUGGAUCUGGGCAUAACGUCAUGCAUGACGAUGCCAUGCAAGCUGAUCGACCUGGGCAACGGAAUGCUGCCGGCGCUGGAAAACCGGGCAACGCCGUCGCUGGCGGACAACACACGGUCAUUUGAGAUUCUGCUGGCCGAAGACAACGCAGUCAACCAGCGGUUGGCUGUGAAGAUUUUGGAGAAGUACCAUCAUGUCGUGACGGUCGUCGGUAACGGCGAGGAGGCUGUGGAGGCGGUCAAGCGCAAGAAGUUCGAUGUCAUCCUUAUGGAUGUGCAAAUGCCCGUUAUGGGAGGCUUCGAAGCCACGGCCAAGAUUCGCGAAUAUGAGGCGUCCUUGCCCACCCCACAACGCACGCCAAUUAUCGCCCUCACUGCGCACGCCAUGAUGGGCGACCGCGAAAAGUGUCUAGAGGCACAGAUGGACGAGUACCUGUCGAAGCCCUUGCAGCAGGCCAACCUGAUUCAGACUAUCCUCAAGUGCGCGACGCUCGGUGGGCAGCUUCUCGAGAAGAACCAGAGCCAGUAUCGCGACCGCCGCGAAUUAGAGCUUGCCAGGCGCGCAGCCGAUGCUGCUACGGGCGGCAGAAUGGGCGGUGUCAAUGGGAUGGGAUUAGGGAUGGGUUUGAUGGGCUUGGGAACAGGAGGUUGUGCAUCUCCUGUUGGUACUGCGUCUGGGAGACUGUUGCCAGUGUGUCAGGGCUCUUCGAUAACUGCGUCAACGGUGACCUUACCAACACCAGAGGCAGAAGAUGCAGUGAUGGUAAACAAGCCCGUGGAGGAAGAGAAGUAG